AUGACUUCCCGUCAAGGAAUCCUCUUCCCGCUAACGUCUCUGUACGUUGGUGACUUGCAUCCGGACGUCACCGAAGCCCUACUUUACGAGAAAUUUUCCCCGGCUGGUCAGAUCCUGUCUUUGAGGGUUUGCCGCGACUCAAGAACCAAACAAAGUUUGGGCUAUGCCUACGUGAACUUCAGUCAAACCAUAGAAGCUGAACGGGUCCUGGACACCAUGAACUUUGACCUCCUGAAGGGGAAACCCAUCAGGAUAAUGUGGAGUCAAAGGGACCCCUCGUUACGCAAGUCGGGCAUUGGUAACGUAUUUAUCAAGAAUCUGGACAAAAGCAUCGACAAUAAGGCAAUGUACGACACUUUUUCGGCCUUUGGAAACAUACUUUCGUGUAAGGUUGCCAUUGACGACGAUGGUGUUUCAAAAGGCUAUGGUUUCGUCCAUUUCGAGAGUAUCGAAGCUGCGAAUAAAGCAAUCGAAAAAGUCAACGGUAUGCUCUUGAACGGCAAAAAAGUCUACGUCGGGAAAUUUAUACCGCGCGCCGAACGCGAGAAAGAAAUCGGCGAAAAAUCCAAGAAAUACACCAACGUUUACGUGAAAAAUUUCGGCCGCAAUUUAACACAGGAGCAGCUGUACGACUUGUUUAAAAACUACGGCACCAUCACAUCAUGCGUGGUCAUGGCCAACCCAGACGGGACGUCCAAAGGUUUCGGCUUCAUCGCCUUCGAAGAGCCGGAAAGUGCCGAAAAAGCCGUCACCGAAAUGAACAAUUACGAACUAAACGGCACAAACUUGUACGUCGGACGCGCCCAAAAAAAAUCCGAACGAAUCAAAGAACUGAAAAAAUGUUACGAACAAAUGAAACUCGAACGGUACAAUCGCAUACAGGGCGCAAAUGUUUACAUUAAAAACCUUGACGAUACUUUCGAUAAUGACCGCUUACGCAAGGAAUUCUCCCAGUUUGGGGCCAUCACAUCAGCGAAGGUCAUGACUGAGGGUGGGCGGAGCAAAGGUUUCGGUUUCGUUUGUUUCUCCACCCCGGAGGAGGCGUCCAAGGCGAUAACGGAAAUGGACGGGCGUAUGAUUGGCUCAAAGCCGAUUUACGUGGCGCUUGCGCAGCGUUACGAGGAUCGAAGGGCGUAUUUAAGUGCGCAGUGUAUGCAAAGGAUCCGGCAUCAGACGAUGUCGCCGCCUUUGACCACGCCUCAGUUUCUUAUUCCCACCCUUCCGCGGUUUUACAACCAUAUGGCACAGAUCAGGCCGACGCCGCGUUGGACUGCACAAGUGCCACGUUUGAAUGGGACCUAUAAUAUGCCCCUCCUACCGGCAACGCCCUAUAGGUCGACGUCGCGUCCCCAAGUUCAGAUUAAUCGAAGCGCGAGGCCAAUUACGGGGCAACAAGUGCCAAUUGCGAGGCCGAAUAGUAAGUAUACGGCCAGUGCGCCCCCACGGGGGGUCAGUGUGGGAGUGGGGAAUGGGGGCGAUCCGGGGGCGGAUGAUAAGAGGAUGUUGGGCGAGAGGAUGUAUCGGGUGAUUGAGAAGACGUAUCCCGAGAUUGCGGGGAAAAUUACUGGGAUGUUGUUGGAGAUUGAUAUAAGUGAGCUGAAGGCUUUGGUUAAUAAUGAAGGUUCGCUGAAGGCGAAAGUGGAGGAGGCGGUCGCUGUGUUGCAAGCGCAUAAUAAGGGGUUGACGGUGCAGGAUUAAUUUUUAAGUUGUUGCAAUUUAUUUAAUUUAUGUAUUAAAUGUUAAUUUUUUCAAUUAA